AUGUUAUCUAUUAGUGAUACUCUUGAUUCACCAUUUGAAAUACCACUUGAUAUUCAUGAAGAAACAAUUGAUAAUUCAAUAACUCAAAAAUCCGAAUCAUUGAAUAUACAACAGCAAAAAGGUUCUCAUUCUGAUUCAGAUAAUGAAAAUAAUCAAAAUGAAAAUCGUCAAUCAAAUCGAUUUGUUCAAUUUCUUCGAUUAACAUCAUCAAAUGUUGAAAAUAAUCAAAAUGAACAAAGAAUUCAACAAAUGCCUUCAAUGAAUAUUAGUUCUAAUCGUGAUUUGUCUAAUGUUCUGGAUGGAACUCAAUUAUUACUUACGCGACUUGGCAUUAUCAGACAACAACAAGUCGAACAUAGUGAAGCAUCAAAUGGUAAUGCUCCUCGACAAAAAGGAAAUGUUGAAUAUUUUAUUCUUGUUUAUUUAAAUUCUACACAUCCUGAUGAUUUCAUAAUAAAAAAUCUUCGAGGUCUUGUAAAUUUCUUGAAAAUUUUUGAUGAUACUGAUGAUUGUAUUGCUUUUAUCAAUAGUAUAUCAAAUGAAAAAAUUAUAUUUAUUUUAUCAGAUGUCUUUAGUAAUUCAAUUCUUUCAAGAAUUGAAAAUCUUCAACAAAUAUUUACUAUUUAUAUUUUAUGUGAAAAUAAUCAAAAUAAACAAAAUAUAUUAAAUCAAAAAUCAAAAAUAAAAGGCUUCUAUAUAGAUAUAAAUGAAAUAUAUAAACAAAUGUCAAUUGAUAUAAAUGAAAUAACACGUGAUUUAAUAGCUUAUAUGAAUAUAUCAUCAAGUUCUAGUACACCUGAUCCAAUGUUUAUUUAUUCACAAUUAAUAAAUGAAAUAGUACUUGAUAAUGAUGAAACUGAAUAUGCUAUGAAAGAAUUAGUAAAUUUUGCUCGUCAAGAAUAUGAUGGAAAUCAACAAGAAUUAACUAUUAUUGAUGAAUUUGAAAAUGAUUAUGAUAAAAAUCGAGCUAUUUGGUGGUUUACAAGACAAUGUUUUCUAUCAAAAAUGUUAAAUAAAGCUCUUCGUAUACCAGAAGCUGAUGUUUUAUUUAAACUUCGUUUAUUUAUUCAAGAUUUAUAUCAUCAAAUUGAAAAUGAAUCAAUAUCAAAUACAUCUUUAACUGUUUAUUUAGGUCAAACAAUUCAUCAAAAUGAUUUAGAAGAUUUACAAAAAAGUUUAACAAAUCAUGGUUUACUUGUUUUUAGUCAAUUUUUAUGUGGUUCAACAGAUCUUUCAAAAGCUAUACAAAUAGCUAAAAAUCUUCCAAAUUUAUCCGAUGAAUAUAUACCUGUUGUACUUCAUUUAAAUAUAUUAUCAAAUAUGAAAUGUGCUAAUACAAGUUCACUUCGAUAUAAUGUUGAUGAUAAUAAUGAUGUUUUAUUAAAUAUGGGAAUUAUUGGACGUUUAACUAAAAUUGAAAAAAAUCAUAAUAAUGAUAAUGGAAUAGCUUCUAUUUAUUUAACAUUAAUUCAAUGUGAAAAUGAACGAUCUAUUCAACGAAUGCUUGAAAUAAAACGAAAUGAAAUUAAAGGUGCUGCACCAUUUGUUUCUUUAAUUAAAUUAAUGAUGAUGAUGAAUCAACAAGCACGUGCUGAACAAUUAGUUCAAAUGAUAUUUGAUGAUGAAACAUUAAAAUCUGAUCCUAAUAUUCAAGGUUCAAUAGCUGCAUCAUGUCAUAUACUCGGUGCAGGAUGUCAUGCACGAGGUGAUUUUAAACGUGCUGUUGAAUUAUUUCAUUUAUCAUUAGAUACAUUUCUUCGAUUUGUUCCAGCUGAUGCUGUACAAUUAUCUCCAACAUAUAAUAAUAUUGGUUCAAUGUAUUUUCGUCAAGAAGAAUAUAUAAAAGCUCUUGAAUAUCAUCAAAAAGCUCUUGAUGUACAAUUACAUUCACAUAAUCCAAAUUUAUCAGCUAUUGCUUCAUAUUCAAAUAAUAUUGGUGUUGUUUAUUUAAAACAAGGAAAAUAUAAUGAUGCAGCAAAAUCAUUUGAUCGUGCAUUAAAAAUUCUUCAACAAUUAAAUGAAUCAAAUGAUCCAGAUAUUGCAUCGACUUAUGAUAAUUUAGGUGAUGCUUAUGUUUUACAAGAUAAAUAUGAUGAUGCUUUAACAUAUUAUAGUAAAGCACUUGAAGUUCAACGUCUUAUUGAACCACGUAAUCCUCAAGCACUUGCUUCAUUUAAUAAUAGUAUUGGAAAUGUUUAUAAUAAAAUGCAUCGUUAUGAUGAUGCACUUGUUCAUUUUAAACGUGCCCUAGAAAUUCAACAAGAAUAUUUAUCAUCAACACAUCCAUCAUUUGCAUCACUUUAUAAUAAUAUUGGUUCAAUGUAUUAUCGACAAGAACAAUAUGCUGAUGCAUUACCAUGUUAUUUAAAAAGUCUUGAAAUUGAAUUAAUGUGUUUACCUGAAAAUCAUCCAACGAUUGCUGUUACACAUUUUAAUAUUGCAACAACAUAUACAGGCUUAGGAAAAUUCGAAGAAGCUAUUGCAUCAACAGAAAGAUCAAUUGAACAAUUAUUAAAAACUUUACCAUCGGAUCAUGCAGAAGUUAUUGAAAAUCGUUCUUAUAUUGAAACAAUUAGACGUAAACAAAUGCUCAAAGGACUUUUUGAUAAUAAUACGACAAACUUUUAG